AUGGGCAGCGCCGCCGCCGCCGCCGCCUUUGCCGCGUCCGCCGAGCGCCGCUGCGAGGCGAUCGGGCGCGCGCUGCAGCGCGCGUUCUCGCGCGCCGACAGGGACCUGUCGGGCACAGAAGUCGGGGAGCUGGUCGGCAGCACGGCGCUGGUGGCGGUGGUGGGGCGCGGGGAGGUGCACGUCGCGCACUGCGGGGACAGCCGCGCGGUGCUGGUGCGGAAGGGGGCGGCGAUAUCGCUGACCGCCGACCACAAGCCCGACCGACACGACGAGUCGGCGCGCGUCAAGGCGUCGGGCGGCCGCGUGGUGUACCGCGCCGGCGCGCACCGCGUGAUGGGCAUGCUGGCGAUGAGCCGGGCGCUGGGGGACCACUUUCUGCGGCCGUAUGUGAUAGCGGAGCCGGAGGUGACGAGCUUCCAGCGCAGCGCAGACGACGAGCUGCUGUUGCUGGCCACGGACGGCCUGUGGGACGUCUUCACCCCCCAAGAGGCCGCCCUCCUCGCCCUCCGCACCGCCGCCCGCGCCCGCGCCCGCGGCGCCGCGCGCGCCUCCGCCUGCCGCGUCGCGAGCGACGUCCUUUCCCGCGCCGCCAUCCAGCGCGGCAGCCGAGACAACAUUACAGUGGUCACGGUCGACCUGCGGGGGACGCCGUCGCGGCGCCGGCGGCGCGGCGGGAGCUUCGGCAGCUUCGGGGCGGCUGCCGCUGCCGCGGCCGCCUGCGGCGGAGGCGGGGGUGCGGGGGAGGGGGAUGAGGAGGAGGAGGAGCUGGCGCCGAGCUUCUCGUCGGUGCUGGCUUCGCAGCUGAGCGGGGAGUUUAGUUUUUCGUUUGAGGGCGACGGCGGCAGCAGCGGCGGCGAUCCCGACGGCGACGGGGAAGCUGAAGGGGCGGCGCCGGGCGCGGGGGCGGAGGCGGAGGGAGGCGGCGGCGGCGGCGGCGGCGGCGGCGGCGGCGGCGGCGGCUCGCCGGUGAAGGGCGGCGGGUGGCUGUCGGGGCUGCUAUCGCGCGGCGCGCGCCCGCCGGGCCCGGUAGGUGGCGGCGGCACGGCAACGGCCGCGGCCGGCGGCUGCAGCGGUGGGGCCGCGUUCCAGCCGCCGACAGCGGGCACCCCGCGCCGCGCGCCGCUGUCGCUGCGGCGUGCGUGCACGAUCACCCCCGUCAGCGUGGGCGCUUUCCCGCAGUCCCCCGGCGCCGGCCCUGCGCCCGCCAACGGCGCAGCUGCCACCGCAGCCGCCACUAUCGCCGCUGGCGAGGGGCCGCGGCGGAGCCUGGACGUGUUCGGCUGCCGGCCUGCCCGCCCCGGUGCGGCGGGCGGCGGCGGCGGCGGCGGUGCGCCGCAGGCGCGGGCCAAGGCGCAGCCGGCGCGGUGCCGCAGCUUGAGCGCGUUCGAGUUGGGGCACUGCCUGCGGCACACCACUGUAGACUGCAGUUUGACGAAGCACGACGGCGGCGCGGGCGGCGACGGCGGUGCGUGA